AUGAGUGAAUUUCCAUCUCUCAUCACACGAUCUACCGACCAACGUCUCUUCCAGAAGGACUCUAAUUGGUGUGUUGGUGGCGAGCAUCUCAAAUCCUUGCCAGUAGUGACGGGCGGUCUUUUACACCUCUUCUCUCGUAAGGAGAGAGCGAAGCGAAAGCAACAGGCGCAGCAAGCUGAGCAACUAGCGCCACCUCAAGUGCCUCCAGCGUACAGGUCCGACUUCUACGAACCGCUCAAUGGGCCCCGCUCGGCGUAUCCCCGGCCGUUAUCCUCUUUUGCUCCGGACCACCGUCGCCAGGCCCACUCGGGCCAGCAUCAUGCCUAUGGUGGCUACUACUAUCCCCACCAGUCCGGUCAAUACGGUCAAUAUAGCCACCAGCAAGCAUACCAAUAUCACCAUCAGAACCCGCAGCAGCAACUCCCACGAGCAUCCUUCGAUGUGCCCCGAUACCCGGCCCUACCAGCCUACGACCCAUCAAAGUACCAAACCAUCCAACCAUCCCUGACCCCCACGGCCGAUCGACUCGCCUUCCACUACCCUAAUGCCAGGGCCCAACCCUCCCGCCUGAACGAGGUGCACUAUAAUGAUGCGCGGCCCUUGUCGAUCUACGGCCAGCCGCCCCCGGCAGCCGCUCCGGACUUGUCCUCCGCACCACCAAUGCCGCAGCGGAGAAUGGCCGCGCACGCUCGAACGCAGUCUAUCAUGCCAUUUUCCUCCGGUGCCUCGGCCGAACACCGCUCGUCUGGAUCGGGGGAUGGGAGGGAACGGAGUGUUUCUGAACCCAUUCCUGCGGGUGAUGGACAGGGCAAUCGGGGGCCUCGACGGCCUAAACCGGUGCUUUCACGGCUGAUUACCAAUUUCAGCUAA